AAACAAGGACCCCGGUUCAACCAAUCGUAUGCAUGUCAUUAGCGCUCCGCAGGUCAUACACAACUAAACCUGAAACGACGACAGUCUAUCGACAGCAUGGACAACUCACCUCUUCUGCCGCGACCGAUACACAUAGACUCGAAACUGCAGAAAGGACAACGCUUAGGAGACAAAGUACCAGACGAUACCAAUAAAAACAGAGCACCAGCCGUACCUCGUGGAAAAUUCAAAGAAAAAUUUCAAGUUAUGAGGGAACGCUUCGAUCAAGUUGUAGGGUUACACGAGGAGCUUGUAAGAGAUCUUGAGCUUGCAAAUGCACGCAUGCAGAAGCUUCAAGCUGAGAACGACUUGCUUCUUGAUGCUAUAAAUCUUACAGUUCCAGCAACGCCUUCCCUCAUGCAUCUCACGCGUCCCUCUCCGGCACUAUACUCACACCCUGUAGCACCUCCAGCCGCACCGCCUCCACCCCACCACAUGAACGGGCACAGUGUUCCACAUGCUAACGGGAGGUACCGCCCAGUAGAUGUAGGCUCGCAAGCUACCACCCGUGAUCGCUAUCUCUGAUUUUUUUUCUGGAUAGCCACAUGACAUCACACCUUCGGAGCGGGAUCGUGGUCGCGAAUACCGGGAUAUUCCUCAGGAAACCACGGCGAACGGGCGCUUGUGAAUACGAGCCGAAUGCGAACCCGUCCAUAACCUUAACAUUCUGUCACGCUCGUCUUUUGUGCGAUUGGCUAACGAAGUGUCGGUUCUUGAUCUCCCCUUAUUUGGACUGGUGGAAGGAAAAUAGUGCUUCCUGCUGGUAUAGAGAUGAAACUUGACGAUACUACUUAUCAGCCUCCAACUUGAUCAAGCACCUUCAUUUAGUCAUCCAUCAAUGCUACCAUGCGUGCGACACGCGCCUUGAUUAAUCCACACGGAUAACUUUGAUAGAUUGUGUAUAUUUUUUACACCAAUAAUGUCAACGUCUCGACGUUCAACGUUCAACGUUAGCCCAGCC